AAACCGGAAGUACUUGCUUGUACGUUGAACCAGACGUUAGCUGAGAUUCUUCUAACCACCUUAAAAAAAAGUUUGCUAAGGAACAAAAUAAAAUAUAUAUUUCGAGAUGUCAAUGUCCCACCUUUACGGACGCAGGGAGGAGGAAGAUGAAGGUGUGGAGGUGGAGAGCUUCGAGGUGACCGAAUGGGAUUUGGCCAAUGAGUUUAACCCGGAGCGGCAAAGAUUCAGGCAGACCAAGGAACAGGCAACUUAUGGCAUCUGGGCUGAGAGGGAUUCAGAUGAAGAUGAGAGGCCAAGCUUUGGUGGCAAGAAAUCAAAAGACUACACUGCUCCAGUGAGCUUUGUGAGCGCUGGUUUGCGUAAGACUGCAACUGAGGAGAAACAGGAGAAAGAAGGUUCCGAUGACUCUGAUGAUGAUUCUGCUGCGCCUCCUCCUCCUCCUCCUUCACGUGUGACUGCACCCAAAAAGCUCCAGAUGGGUAAUUUCCGUGGGCAUCAAUCCCAGAGGUUUGCUGGUGGUAUACAGUCUGGACAGGGUAUCGGGAACUGGGAGAAACACACGAGGGGGAUUGGACAGAAACUUUUGCAAAAAAUGGGCUACCAACCUGGAAAAGGCCUGGGCAAAAAUGCCCAAGGUAUUAUAAACCCAAUUGAGGCAAAGGUUCGUAAAGGUAAAGGAGCAGUUGGUGCUUAUGGCAACGAACGAACUCGGCAGAGUCUUCAGGACUUUCCUGUGGUUGAUUCAGAUGAAGAAGAAGAAAAGGAAUUUCAGAAAGAACUUGGCCAGUGGCGUAAAGAUCCGACUGCUUCUGGAGUAAAAAAGAAACCUAAGUACUCUUACAAAACUAUAGAUGAGCUGAAGGCUAAAGGUAAAAUGGCAAAUCGAAGCACACCGGCAUCUGCAGGAGAGCUGGCACAGGUCAAGGUAAUAGAUAUGACUGGAAAAGAGCAGAAAGUGUACUACAGUUACACUCAAAUGUCCAACAAACACAGUGUUCCAGAUGAAGCUCCUCCAACCUUGUCCUCUCGAGAUCAAAGGGGACCUGGCUUUGCUCUCCCUGAGCUUGAGCAUAACCUGCAGCUUCUGAUAGACCUUACCGAGCAGGACAUUUUACAGUCUGCCAGACGUUUACAGCAUGAAAAAGAUGUAGUGGUUACUUUGAGCCAUGAGUCACAAGCUUUGCAGGGCAGACUAGAGGCAGAGCAAAAGUCCAUCCAAAGAAUGGAAGCUGUUUUGGCCUUAGUGGAGCGUUUUCCUUCUGAAGACAUGGCACCAGGGGAAGGACCAACACUACAGGAGUGUGCUCAAAUAUUUGAGACAUUACAAACUGAUUAUUAUGAAGAAUAUAAAACAAUGGGAUUGGCCGACCUGGCUGUAUCUGUUGUUCAUCCACUGCUCAAGGAGAAACUUUUCUUAUGGGACCCUUUGAAGGACAGUGCUUAUUGUCUGGAAGAUAUUGGUCUAUGGAGAGCCAUCCUUGAAUCCAGAGACAUGCAGUCCAGUGGUCCACAUUCAGAUAUGGAUCCUUACCACAGGCUGUUAUGGGAGGUGUGGAUUCCAGUGAUGCGAUCUUGUGUGUCAGGCUGGCAGCCUCGAAUGGUCGGGCCAAUGGUGGACUGUGUGGAAAUGUGGACUCCUAUUUUGCCCACAUGGAUCCUGGAUCACUUGAUGGAGCAGAUUAUCUUACCCCGACUGCAGCGAGAGGUUGAUAACUGGAACCCUCUAACUGACACAGUGCCUAUUCAUUCAUGGAUUCAUCCAUGGCUACCUCUACUCCAGUCACGUCUCGAGCCUCUUUACCCACCAAUUAGGAGCAAACUGUCCAACGCUUUGCAGCGGUGGCAUCCCAGUGAUGCUUCAGCCCGCCUCAUUCUUCAACCAUGGAAAAAUGUUUUCACAGUUGGUGCAUGGGAGGCUUUCCUGCUGAAAAAUAUCAUCCCCAAACUAGCAUUAUGCCUGGAAGAACUGGUUAUAAAUCCUCACCAGCAGCAGAUGGAGCCAUUUCACUGGGUGAUGGACUGGGAGGGCAUGCUUUCCCCCUCUAGCCUCGUUUCACUGCUGGACAAAAACUUUUUCACAAAAUGGUUGCAGGUUCUGUGUUCAUGGCUGAGCAACAGCCCGAACUAUGAAGAAAUCACUAAAUGGUACCUUGGCUGGAAAACCAUGUUUAGUGACGUUUUGUUGGCACAGCCGCUCAUUAAAGAGAAAUUCAAUGAAGCUUUGGACAUCAUGAACCGUGCAGUAUCUUCUGGCGUGGGUGGCUAUAUGCAGCCUGGUGCAAGAGAGAAUAUUGCAUAUCUCACCCAGACAGAGAGACGGAAAGACUUUCAGUAUGAAGCUUUGCAGGAACGCAGGGAUGCUGAGAGUGUGGCUCACAGGGGCAUCAGUGCUGGUGUGCCAACUAACUUCAAAGAUCUCAUUCAGACCAAAGCAGAGGAGAACAAUAUUGUCUUUAUGCCCUUAGUAGGCAAACGGCAUGAGGGUAAACAGUUGUACACAUUUGGGCGUAUUGUUAUCUUCAUAGACAGGGGCGUUGUGUUUGUGCAAGGAGAGAAAACUUGGGUUCCCACAUCUUUGCAGAGUUUGAUAGAUAUGGCAAAGUGAGCUCAGACAUGCUAGUCAUUUAGUUUGUCAAGUCUACACAAGAUAAAAAAAAGAAGAGUAU